GGCACUUUAUAUUUCUGAAAACGUUUGAGAAAAAAAUAAAAUCCCGACCGUUUGCCUAUGCAUGAUGGAGAUUGGGGAAAGGAAUGAAAUUGCAGAUAUUUAGGCGCCCCAAAGUCAAACUAACAAUUAUAGCCUAUCGUCGAAUUGGAAUAAAGCCGUGACAAUGGCAACUGUUGCUUUUGAGGGAACUUCGCUCAUGAACAUGUUUGUACAGAACUGUUGGGUUGUUGGCACACAACGAAUAAUCGGUCACCGCGGCAAGGAAGAAUUCAUUGAAGUCCGGACCGAACUCUCGGACAGGAGCGUUCUCUAUUUGCACAGAACGGACCGCGAUCUUGGAAGCCUUCUGAAGAGACUCAUGGAUGCUUUCCCAGAGGACAGAGGAACUCCUACACAGUCAGCGCUCUUAGAUGGACUUAUGCGAAUCAGAGACGCUGCAGAGGCCAAUUAUAUUGAGGUUCGAUUGCAGGAGGUGGAGAAACUACUCAGGAGAGUCGUCACCUUGCCAAUUAAGUAUUCACGGUCAGAAGCAGUGCUCACGUUCUUUGAGCAAUCUCCGCUGGACCUGAUGAUAAGAGAAAACAACAUCAGCAACAUGGAGCCAUACUACCAGAGUCCAGUAACAGUAUCAGGUCUGAAUGUAUCUAGCACAUUUUAUUUUAAUGACCAUGUUUCACUGUAAACAAGUGUCUGAUUAAUCUUUUUUUCAGCUAAUUUCACAUUCCAGUUUUUCUGGAGGGCAAGAGAAUGUGCUGCCCGAUUGAAGCAACAUCGAGUGCACUGAGCAAAAAUAUAAACGCAACA